AUGCAACGCGUCGCUGUAUUCUUCGCCGUGUUCACGUCCGUUAUGUUGACCCUCGCAUCCCCUCUCCCGUCAGCCACCACCCAAGAGGAUGAGUUGGUCGACAUAGAUAAACGUAUCGAUCACGUUGGAAGGGGAACUUGGUUCUAUCCUGGCCUCGGUAACUGCGGCAAAUGGAACAACGACAAUGACUUCGUCGUUGCUAUUGGAAAGAGGCUGUACGAUCGCAACAGGGGUAGCAACUGCGAUCAGUAUAUGGAGAUUAUCAACACAGCCAACGGGAAAAGUGCGUACGGCCUCACCAGAGACAGCUGCCACUCGUGCAGCGACGACGACAUCGCGCGCUGA